GUGGCAGCGGCCGCGAUGGGACUCGGGGAAGUGGAGGCGGGAAUGGCCUGUAUCGCGAACCCCUGCAAUAAUGGGGUGUGUCUUGACCAUCUCAACAGUAGCACCUUCCACUGCUUCUGCGAGGACGGCUUCACGGGGCUGCUGUGUCAGACCAAUUGGGACGACUGCUGGUCCGCGCCUUGCCUCAACGGAGCCACCUGCACAGAUCUGGUGGCUGGGCUCUCCUGUACCUGUCCUCCGGGGUACACAGGAGAGUUUUGUGAAUCUGAGAUUAAUGAGUGCCGCAGCAACCCAUGUCAGAACAACGGCACCUGCCAAGACAUGCUGAACCACUACGUGUGCUCUUGUCUCACAGGCUACUCUGGGGAGAACUGCGAGAUUGAUGUGAGUGUGUGCAACUCAUCAUCACUUUGGGCAGGAGAUUCCCCAAAGUGUCUUCAUGGUGGGAUUUGUGUAGAUGGCCCAGGUCUCUCCUACACCUGUCUCUGCCAACCAGGAUGGACUGGAAAAAGAUGUGAGGAGGAUGAGGAUGAAUGUAGCCAAACACCGUGCCAAAAUGCUGCCAUAUGUGUCAACACACCUGGUGCCUUUGCCUGUGCUUGUGAGUUUGGCUUCACUGGCCCCCUGUGUGAGGAGAAUCUGGUGUUAUGUAAGCCAAAUCCAUGCAAGAAUGAUGCCCUUUGUGUAAUGGAAGAGCACAAUGCUACCUGCUACUGUGUGCCUGAUUAUCAUGGACCACAGUGUCAAAAACAGUACAAUGACUGCUUACCUUAUGCACCCAGAUGUAUGAAUGGUGGUGUUUGUAUUGAUGGAGUGGACAGUUUUAAGUGCAGCUGUCCUGACUUUGCUUCUGGAGUGCUCUGCCAGUGUGUUAACACAUCUGAAGGACAGCAGUGUCAGCCACUUCCCCAUUGGUUUGAAAACAAGCCUUAUCAACCAAAUGUUCCUUUUGACAGAAAAAAUUUUGAUAUUCAGUUCAACAUAAGCUUUCCACAGAAUGACACUGUGACAACAGUGAGAGAUGUGUAUAUGACAAGUGUUAGUGAUGCUGCAGAAUUUCCCAGUACAAUAGUGACAAGUGACCAUUUGAUAUCUAGCCUGAGAACACCUACAUUCUCUUUGGACCCCAUGGAUGUUUUUACACCAUCACCUUUGAUCAGUGCCAAAAUCUCGCUAGUGUUCAGCGAGUUUCCAUCAAUCACUGUGCCUUACUUUUCGAGUGAGAUAUACGAGUCUCCUUCUCCCUUCAGCAGGAUUGAUUCUUCUUUUUUGGAAUCAAGUAAAUCUAUGCAGCCAACACCAGUGCUUCCGGUCCUGACUUCCUCUCUGGCACCUGAAGAGUCUGUUACAUUUUAUGAGUACCUAACUGAAACUAGUGUGCUGCCACCAACUGCCACUGCUACCUUAGAGGGGUCUUUCCCCACUCCUUCAACUGAAUUUAUAUCUCUUCCCCUUACAUUAGUAUCAGAUAUUCUGGAGACCUCCAUCACUCCCCCAAUGAUCACCACCACCCUCACCCCAGACGAACAGACGACAGUGAUAUCUGUCAUGGAUGGAGUGGACACUUUCAGCACUGUAUCUCCAUUCACAGUCCCUUACAUCUUCACUUCUCUUGUUGAAUUAACUCCCACACCAGUCUUCCCUUUGGAUGCUGCCUCCACACCAAUACCUUCAUUAGAAAUAGCUGCAACUCCAAUAUUUUCCCCAGAACUCUACACAACCACUUCUAUUCCUGAGAUUUUCAUUACACCAAUGCCUCCUACUGAUGUUACAUCUCUUUCAACUCCUCCUGAAACUGAUGGUAUUCUGACUUUCUCCAGUGACAUAACUCCAACUACUACUGAAAUUGAUAUUACACAGACUUCACCAGACACUGACACCUCUUCAACUCCAUUUGGGAUUGAUACAACACCAACUCCUCCUACCACUGAAAGUGAGUCCACUUCAACCAUCUUUUCUGAAACUGAAACCACUCUAACCCAGCCUGAAAUUACCCUCAUAUUAAUUUCACCUGAGGGAAAGACCACUCCAACUUCUGAAAUAAGGACUACUACAAUUUCUGAUGAGACCACUUCUACCCCUAUAACUAAGACCACCCUCUCUGUGAUACUUGAAACCACACCAACUCCAAAACCAGUUACAAUUGCUACUUUAGCUGAAGACUCUACAACUUCAACUCAUGGUAUGGAAAUGCCCACGUCCCCUCCCUCUGACAUCACCACCACUCUGCCAUCUCCACCUGAAGUCUACACUACCUCUCAGCCUCAUGAUAUUGUCAUCACUGCAUUUCCUCCAACAAAAAUUUCUCCUGUCACGUGUGGAAAGAGCUACUGCCUCAAUGGAGGCAUUUGUCAUAUCAUCAAUGGGAGCUCCACAUGUGAGUGUCCAUUCAAUUAUCGAGGUGCAUCCUGCCAACUGUAUUUCUACAUCAACAAGCCAUACUUCAUUGGUGCCUCAUAUCUAGGCUUGGAUGUAGGCAACAUGUCUUUGCGGACGGGUGUUCAGGUAUAUGUACAGUUUACAUCUCAGGAAGAAAAUGGUCUUGUGGCUUACAGUGAGGGUCCUGGAGAAGCCUUCUUCAUGCUGUUACUGAGAAACUCCCUCCUGCAGUUUGUCUUCUCAUGUGGCCUCAAUACAGUGUCCUUCCUCCAAGGCAAUGAAAAGCUAACAAGAAACUGCCUCACAGAUGUCUCUGUCAGAAUGUGGUGGACUCCUUAUCUUCAUGAUACGCCUUGGGGACCUGGAAAAUGCAGUGCAUCACUGCAGGUAAAUGGUACUGACCCAGUGUAUAGUGAACAGAAGGCCUGGAGUCCCCUCGUCCAGCUUGGUCUGUUAUACCUUGGUGGGCUGCCCUCCUCCUACUCAUCCCCUCUCGUUGUUAAAGCUGGCUUCCUCCCCAGAUUGAAGGGCUGUGUCUCCCUCUUAGAGGUGAAUGGGCAUGAAGUGGAUAUGUGGCUUUCUGGUGUGUCUGGUGAAAGAGUUCAGGAGUGUGGUACAGCUCCCUGUCCUCCUCAUUCAUGCUACAAUGGUGGUUCCUGCAUUCCUGGCCCUGCCUUGUGGUCCUGCCAGUGUCCAAAAGGGUACCAGGGAGAGUUGUGUGAACAUGCUGAGUGUAAAGGAGUUACUGGUCCCUGUCAUAGUGGCCGGUGUGUUCCUACUGCCCACAGCUUUGUCUGCCUCUGCUCUGGUCAACGGCAUGGUCUUUAUUGUGACUUGGAAAGUGUUGUGGAGCUCCCAUCCUAUAGUGGCAGUGUGGUGGGCUACAGCUCUUAUUCUUCAUACAGGAUUGAGCAUGACAUACGACACACUCUGGCCUUAAGAUUGCAUUUCAGUACACCAACACUGCAGCAGGUGGGACUGAUGGCAUACAUUGGCAACAGUGUGAGGGCCUCUGUCCGGGAUUUCCUGGCCCUCAGUCUGGUACGUGGACACUUGAUGCUGACAUGGGAUCUGGGAGCUGGUCCUCGAAGGAUAGUAACACUGGAGCCCCUAGACCACACACUGCACACACAUUCUGCUCUUGUUGGUCGGCAGGGGCGAUGGGCCUGGUUUGUGGUUGAUGGCCAGAAAAAUGUCUCUGCUAAAGCUCCAGGCUUUCUCUCAUCGCUCAACACAAAUAACCUUCUUUAUAUUGGGGGACAUCCUUCGUGGAACAUGAGUCAUCUCCCAGCAGACAUGUGGCGUCACAAUGGCUUCCAUGGCUGUAUCUUUGACCUACGAGUAGCCAAGUCUCCAGUAGGCCCCUGGACUGCUGUUAGAGUGGCCGCUGCCUUUAAUGUACAGGAGUGUGGUAGGAGCCCAUGCCAGGUCGGUCCAAACCCUUGCCACAAUGGAGGCACCUGCAUUGCUCUUGGUGCCACUUUCAGAUGUGAGUGCCCUUUGGGAUGGAAAGGUGCCAGAUGUGAAGUCCCCAGUCACCUGUGUGAAGGCAGUGAAAAAUCAUGCCAUCCUGGGUCAUCAUGUCAGACCCUCACAUUACAUGAAAGGGAAACACCAACUUGCCUUUGUCACUUGGGCAGGACAGGCACACUCUGCGAUCAAGCCAUGAAUAUCACAGACCUUCAGUUCUCUGGUGAAGGGUCUUACACCAGCCUUCCAGCCACCAGAAGUCUCCGUCGGGAAUCCCACAUCACACUGUCCUUUAAGCCAGCCUCUCCUAAUGGUAUUUUGUUUCUUGCAUUGCCUGUAAGAAAUUCUGGAGAUUUCAUGGCCCUUGUGCUUGUCAAUGGGACUUUACAAUUUACCUUUUAUCUUGGUUUGCAUGCUCCUGGACUAGUGUUGCUACAUUCUGAAGCCAUAGCAAAGUUGGGUGAGUGGCAAACUGUGACAGUUUCAAGAGUGGAAGGUACUGGCUCUAUGACAUUCCAUGGCCACACAAUUCGGUCUGUUUCGCCGGCACCAACCCAUUCAGCAGCCCUGCUUGAUAUUCACACAGAAGUAUUCAUAGGUGGAGUGCCAGACUACUCAGUGGUGCCUCUUGGUGCAGCACCUGAAGAGGGACUGGUGGCCUACCAAGGCUGCAUUAGACAGAUCAUCAUAAAUGGAAUAGAACAUGACCUGCGUGUUCCUGAUGGGGAACUUUUACGUGGAGUUGGGCUGGGAGAUUGUGAUGGCACCCCAUGCGGACAUCAGGUCUGUCUCCAUGGAGGCACCUGCACACCAGCUGGUGACACAUUUGUGUGUACAUGUACUCAGAAUUACCUAGGGAGGAGAUGCCAACUACCUCGAGCCUGCCUUAAUCACCAGUGCAUUAAUGGUGCUGCCUGCAUCCCCAUUGAUGAGCAGCUUGGAAGGCAGAAACGUCGACAGAAAUCUCUAGGCAGUUCCAAAAUGUCUUCAAUGACAUACAUGUUUUUUAACAGACCAGAUGGUGACUGGCCUGAGGAAUUAGUGAAAACUUUUAGCAAAGAGGACUCUAAAAUACAAAAAGAGGGAAGAAAUGAGUCUGCUAGUGGGGAAAAAAUGUCAUUGGAGAAAUGUUUGUUACAGGAAGUGGAGAUUUAAGUAGAUAUAGAGAAGAAAGAAAAAAAAACCAAAAUAUGAGAAAAACUGAAAAAGACUCUAGCAAAAAGGGGUUAAUAAAGAAAAGAGAAGUGAAGAGAAAUGAUGAUCAAGACUUAAAUCAUUAUCGAUGCUUGUGCCCUCCAGGAUAUCAUG